CACCGGCGGCGGCGGCAUGGAGACCCGGACCGAGGACCGGGAGCCGACCGGCCGCCCGACGCUCGCCUCGUCCUGGGACGCCGCAGGCGGAGUCCUGACCCAAAGCCUGCUCCUCGUCCGGGCUGGUGUCGGCACCCGGGACCCGGACUGGGAGGCGCUGCUGGCACCGCCAGCUCCCGGUCUUCCCCUCAGCCAGGAGCUGGUGCGGCUGCAGAGGAGUGCGGGUGGCGGGGAGGACAGCCCAUGCCUCCUCUACCUCAUGUGUGACCCUGACGCGGCGGAAGAAGUCGCGGCCGUUGGCAUUUUAAGCUCAGCGAGAAAUAUGGAGGUGUACUCAUGCCAGGAGUACUGUGGGACCAGUCGGGGCCGGAGCGUGGGUGCCGCCCUGAAUGGCAGCGAACAAGAGAUUACUUUCUACAAAAAAUAUUUGAAAUUGGAACCCCCUACUCGUGCUUGUAAAAUAAAGUUGCUGUCCUUUGGUGAAGAGCCGUGUGUGCUUGUUGGUAAGGUUGUGGUUCACGUGAGAUCAGCUUCACCAAGCUCGUCCACAAGCUCUCCUGCGCUGGGAUGCAGGGUGGACCUGGACAAGAUCCAGACCAUGAUGGAAUCCAUGGGGUCCAAGUUGUCACCAGGGGCCCAGCAGCUAAUGAACUUGGUUCGAUUCCAGCAGCAAAACCGGAUUCCCGUCGCGGAGCAGCUCGAGUCGGUGUUGAGACACACCGGGUACAAGCAUCUCAUUGCCCAGCAGUCUCCAGCCACGACUGGAGCCACCGAGAGGGCGUCCUCCACACCUCUGCCCAUCAGGACUGGCCUGACACUUGGAAACCCGACGGAAGGCUCAGAGGUCUCCAGUGAGCAAAGUCCCCAGGCACCUGGUGGGGAAAGCACCACGCUCGACAGGUGUAGAAUUGGGCCCCAGAACCACUCCCGCCUCGAAGCUGAGCUUAGAGACACAAUCUCUUCUGUCUUACCCAAGAAAACCAGGGACGAUGCCAGCAUGCUGCCCUUUCUGCAGAAUUUGUGCAGUCAAGUCAGCCGCCUGCGUGUGAGCCAUGGCACUGAGCGGCUGGAAAGCAGCCCCAAGCCCCAGGAGGCCAUUGCUGCUGUGGGGAUGGAAACACAGCCUGUUUGCUCCUACUUGGAGAAAAUUCUCUCUAAAAAUCUGGAGUUGAUGGAAAAGAAACUCAUGGACCACAUUGAUGAGCGACUGUUGAGACUGCAGGAGCAGCUGGACCGUAAGCUUGCUGUGGUGAUGGAGCUGCUGCAGGGUCCCCACUCGCCGCCUGCUGAGCUGCCUCUGCGACACUGUGACUCCGGAGAGAGGCUCUCCAACGGGGAGCGAUGAGCACUGCCCACGCACCACACCCCGCAGUAUUUAUUACGUAUUUAUUACAAAGCCAAGACCCACGGUGUCCUGAGGAGCAGGUAUCUCGGUGUGCUCUGAGGGCCAUCGUGUCGUCUCCGUGAGCUCCGCGUUCCUGUCCUGCCGCGUCCUUGUCAGUCCAGCACUGUACAGCAGUGGACGUGACAUGGUCCUGGGCUGGUUUUGUUUAAAUGUUUUUUACUCUUACAGAAAUGUGUACAUACUUUAGUGAUGUUGAGGUGUUUACAGUGUCUUGAGGACUUCUAGUGCGAUGCAGUAGUUCAUUUUGUAUGUUUGCCAUUCUGUUUUAAUUUAUACAAAAACUUUAUCAUUUGAGAGGUAUGGAAAGAAUGGAAUGUUUGGUCAGUAUUUUUUUCCCCAACUAACUGUUCUUGGAAAAUGGAGUAGCUAGACCGGGAAUCUUUAAUUUCAGAUCUUAACAUUUUACAUUGCUUAUUUUGAUUAAAAAAGAAACAAAAGAUGAAAAGUUUGGCGUGUUAGUUUUGGUUUUGGUUCCACUGUAAUGGUAGACAGGAAGGUGAACAUCCGCUUGGCUUGUUCAGUGCCGGGACCGACCUUUGGAUGGUGGUGUGCGGCAACCCCAGGCAGUGUGAGAAGGGAGUCUUUGCAGGCUUGCCCAGUGUGUGGCAGGCCGAGGCCCACCAGCUGGGGAGGAUUAAGGCCUGUGUGUCAAGGAGAUUGCAAUUCUGUGUCUGACUUUUCAGAACUUGUAACUGCUGUGUGUGCUGAAGUGUGAUGUAUUUUACAUCUACAAAUAAACACGUGCACUCC